CAGGAGCUGGCGGCGGCUAGAUGCAGAGGUGAUACAACAGCGACGGCGGGAUGAGUGCGCUCGGGGAUGUUGGGGUCGUCGACUUCCCCUGCUCGUCGAUUCCAGCGAUUUCUCGGCUUCCAUUUCCAGAUCGGGGGUGCCGAGUCCAGGAACUCAGCGAUUGACUCGCUCCUCCGUCUUCUCGGGGAGGACGACAAGGAUGAUGUGCGAUUCGAAGGGGGAAGGAUAUGGACGACGGAGGAGAGGGACUGUGGAGGUGGGAGAAUCGAGCGCCAGGCGACAGGGAAGGAGAAUCGAUCACCUCUUCUGCUUUCGACGCCGCCAUGGGGGUCGACGGAUCCGGUUUCACUGGCGGAUGCUGGAGAAGAGGUCGCCUGUGUGUUUGAUGAGAUUCAUUUUGCUUUGAUUUAUGAUGUUCUUAUGGUUGAUGGCUAGAGAUUGAUAUUGUAUUCUUGUUUUGAUUUGGGAAGUUAUGGAGGUGGUAGAGCUUGAUUAUUUUGGGAAGAACAGAUCCGCGUAGAGAGAUGAAAAGGAAAGGGAAGAUCACA